UGCACCAGCAGCCAGUAAUGGGCAAUCGGCUUUGCCGUAACAUUUUAACCAAAUCCAAUUUCCGAUUAAGAUUGCGAUAAUAUAUUAACAAAUCUAUCUCAGUAAGAUUAGACUUGGCCAAAGAAUGAGUACAAUAUUCAUAAAAUGUCAAUAGAAAAUCAAAAGAUUUGCGGCAGACAAUUGCAUAUAGUUGAACUAACUCCCUUAAGACUCUCCACCCGUUUCAUCUUCUUUCUCUCCUCUAUGAUUUUCAGCCAUGGAUCUUCUUCAUAGCUCAAGUUCAUGCCUUCUCUAUACUCUUGUCAUGGCAAUCUCCAUUUUCUUGUUCAUGUUGUUUCUGCCAACUGCAAACUCUCUGUCCUUCAAUUUCACUUCUUUUGAUCCCAACAUGGAAGAUAUAAACUUCCAGGGUGACGCUUUCUCGUCCAGUAAUGUUCUUAAACUUACAAAGAAUGAACAAGGUGCUAAUCUCAGAAGUAGCGUUGGUCGAGCCUCGUAUAAGCAGCCGGUGCGAAUCUGGGAUGCAAAGACAAGAAGGCUUACAGAUUUCACCACCCACUUCUCCUUCACCAUGAAAGCGCUUGACCCAGAUCGAUUUGGUGAUGGAAUGACUUUUUUCCUCGCGCCAUUUGACUCUAAGAUCCCAGAAAAUUCGAGUGGUGGGUUUCUUGCAUUGUUUAGUCCUGAUACUGCGUUCAAUGCUUCCAAAGAAAAUCAAAUCGUUGCAGUUGAGUUUGAUAGUUUUGAAAAUCCAUGGGAUCCAGACGAUAAUCAUGUGGGCAUCCUUGUGGAUUCGAUUGUAUCUGUAAGGAACGUAACAUGGAAAAGCAGCAUCAGGAACGGAUCACAGGCUAAUGCGUGGGUGAGUUAUAACUCUACUACCAAAAAUCUAAGUGUUUUUCUAAGUUAUGCACAGAAUCCUGUGUUUAGUGGUAAUUCUAGUCUUUCAUAUGUCGUUGAUUUGAGGGAUUUUUUGCCCGAGUGGGUUAGGGUAGGUUUCUCUGCUUCUACAGGUUCUUGGGUUGAACUACAUGACAUUAUCUCUUGGGAUUUUAAUUCGACGUUGGAAGUUAAUCAGAAAGCCAAAAACAAAACAGGAUUGUUUGUCGGAAUAUCUGUGGGUUUGGGAUUCUUGGGUUGUGCUGUCAUAGGUGUAUUCUGGUUUGUGUUUUGGAGAAAAAGGUAUGUCGUUAGAAACAAAGAUGAGCCUGAGGAUGUUUCCAUGGAUGAUGAAUUUGAAAAAGGAACUGGACCUAAGAGGUUCACUUUUCGUGAGCUAAGUCGCGCAACAAACGACUUUGCUGAGGAUGGAAAGCUAGGGGAAGGAGGAUUUGGAGGAGUUUACAUGGGAUUGUUGAGCGAAUCCAACACAAAAAUCGCUGUUAAGAAGGUCUCAAGAGGAUCAAAACAAGGUAAAAAGGAGUACGUAUCAGAAGUGAGGAUCAUCAGUCGUUUGAGACACAGAAAUUUAGUUCAACUUAUUGGUUGGUGCCAUGAAAGAGGUGAGUUGCUUCUCGUGUACGAGUUCAUGCCCAAUGGAAGCCUUGAUUCCCAUCUGUUUGGUGGGGAAACUGUGUUAAUAUGGAGUGUCAGGUACAAAAUCGCUCACGGGUUAGCUUCUGCACUGUUAUAUCUCCAUGAAGAGUGGGAACAAUGUGUAGUGCAUAGAGAUAUCAAGUCCAGCAAUGUCAUGUUGGAUUCAAAUUUCAAUGCUAAGCUUGGAGAUUUUGGUCUUGCCAGACUUGUAGACCAUGAGCUGGGCUCACAGACAACAGUGUUGGCAGGCACGAUGGGAUAUUUAGCUCCAGAAUGCGUCACCACAGGCAAAGCCAGUAAAGAAUCAGAUGUUUACAGUUUUGGAGUGGUCGCACUCGAAAUCACAUGUGGAAGAAAGCCAGUCGAUGCAAGGCAAGAGCCAAGCAAGGUGAGGCUUGUGGAAUGGGUAUGGGACCUGUAUGGAAAAGGGCAGCUUCUUGAAGCUGUGGACAAGAGAUUGAGUAAAGAAUUUGAUGAGCGACAAUUGGAAUGCUUGAUGAUUGUUGGAUUAUGGUGCUGCCACCCUGAUUUUGCAUGUCGGCCAUCUAUAAGGCAAGUGAUAAAUGUUCUCAACUUUGAAGCUCCAUUGCCUAGCCUUCCUGCAAAGUUGCCAGUUCCAAUGUACUAUGCACCACCCAUGAACCUAUGCAACUUCUCAUACGCAUCUUCUGGCUUGACAACUUCUGAAGGCAGCUGCACUACGAAUUCCUCGCUCACGUCAGGUGGGUCUGCAAAAUCACUUUUGAAACAAGAGAAACCUAGUGUCUGAUUUUCUCAAGUUUACAAGCUUCAAGAAUCAACUUUUCCUUGUACUGUAUCUGUGCUUGUAAAUUUCCAUAUUAAGCUUAUAGAGUUUAAUUUUUCAUCGGUUAUAUUGACGAGUUAUCAGAGCAUGUACACACAGAGUGAGAUCUAUAUAUUGUCUUAAAUUCACAAUA